UAAUUGCUAAUCAAUUUAUGACCAGAUUCUUUUCACAACGAAUACAGAGUUAUUAAAACAUGAUAUACUAGUGUACCAUGAGUUUUUUAGGAAGAUGAAUAAAAACUUGUCCAAAGGGAUGGACUUCUUUGCGUAGUGUAAACAACCUAUCCUUUCGAGCGCACAUAGUGUUCCUUGCCUGUAUCCCCCUUGAUGAUAGCCAGACAUGUCGAAGUGGUAAACUUAUUGGCUCAAAUCGAGCCUAAUUUCGGGGGUUUAUGGAUUAUUGUUGCUAUCUUUCAUUCUUAGGAACUUGGGGGCUGUUCAUUAAUGAUUUGUAGGAGCAAAGUAACGGACAUUUCAUAUUCUACAAGUGAUGUGAACCAAUGCACUGAUGCAAGAAACCCUACCAAACUACGCCAAGAUCAGUGCAUUCAGUAAUUUCAAGAAGAUUAAAGUGGAGUCGCUGCCGAAUGAGCAGCAUGUAGUUUCUUCACAUCGAGCCUUCUCACCUUUUCUGACAUCUCAAGUGUCGUCCCGAAGUACAAGCAACGUUUUUCAGUUGAAUGACAGCAUUCACAAUCACAAUGCAAGCAGCGGCUACAGCCUUGUGCCUGAACCACACAACGCAGACUAUCAAGCUCUGCUCUCACAAAUUGCAUCAUCGGGGGCUUCGUCUGGCCUUGGUAACACUCAGCACAGUGAAACAACAAGAGCUGAUUUCAGCCGUGGAUCCGUAGCGUCGGUGUCUGCCCGUAAAGGGCAUCACCAGCACCACUACUCUUCUCAGGGUCUGCCCUCACACUCUGCACACAGUCUCCAACUUCAGCAGCAGCAGCCUUCCUCGACGCUGGUGUCUCGGGGGGUCAAAAGGAAGGGUGCCGGGGACAUUGACAGUAGUGCAGGAACUGUGCUAGUUCGUGCCGCUGUAGCGGCCACCAACUCACAACACUCUAGUGCCACUAGUAGCACAGCCACAGGAGCAGCGGCUGUUGGGGCCUCGACCACCACCACUGGUGUUCGCUCACAUCAUCGCCACAACAACAACAAUCUCAUGCAGUUGACGGAAGUGCACGCCAUUUCCAGUGAAGAUGAGAGCGGCACAGCCCCGACCACCACCGCAGCCACCACCAACACCACCAGCAAUAAAAAGGCGGCGGCCAAUGCUGGCUCUGCCAACUCGGAAGGAGACUACCAGUUAGUGCAGCAUGAGGUGCUCUACUCUCAGACCGCUGCCUAUGAGGUGUUGGAGUUCCUCGGUCGUGGUACGUUUGGACAGGUGUGCAAAUGUUGGAAGCACCAUUCAAAUGAAAUCUACGCCAUCAAGAUUCUCAAGAAUCAUCCGUCGUAUGCCAGACAAGGGCAAAUUGAGGUGGGCAUUCUGUCCAGGCUUGCUCAGGAGAGUGCAGAUGACUACAAUUUUGUACGAGCGUAUGAGUGCUUCCAGCACAAGAAUCACACCUGCCUUGUCUUUGAAAUGCUUGAGCAAAACUUGUAUGAUUUCCUCAAGCAGAAUAAAUUCCAGCCUCUCCCCCUUAAGUACAUUCGGCCCAUCACUUAUCAAGUUUUGCAUGCCUUGGGUAAAUUGAAAGAGCUUGGAUUAAUUCACGCUGACCUGAAACCAGAGAACAUCAUGUUGGUGGACCCUGUAAGGUUUCCCUACAGGGUCAAAGUGAUUGAUUUUGGAUCAGCUAGUCAUGUGUCUAAGGCAUUACCUUCUACCUACCUCCAAUCUCGCUAUUACAGAGCCCCCGAAAUUCUCCUUGGCCUUCCAUUCUGUGAAGCCAUCGACAUGUGGUCCCUGGGCUGUGUCAUAGCAGAGCUGUUCUUGGGCUGGCCUCUUUACCCUGGCUCCUCAGAGUAUGACCAGAUUCGAUACAUCUCACAAACACAAGGUCUGCCAGCAGAGCACAUGCUGAGUGCCGCCACCAAGACCAACCGUUUCUUCGUUCGAGAUAACACUGACGGCAGUUAUCCCUUCUGGAGACUCAAGUCUCCAGAAGAACAUGAGCACGAAACUAAGAUAAAGUCCAAAGAAGCCCGUAAAUACAUCUUCAAUUGCCUAGAGGAUAUCGGCCAGGUAAGGAGGAGGGAUAUCAACGUCCCCACAGAUAUGGAGGGCAGCGAGCUGCUAGUGGAGAAGAUGGAUCGCCAGGAUUUUGUGGACCUUUUGAAGAAGAUGCUCACGCUAGACCAAGAGCGCCGCAUCACCCCGAGGGAAGCUAUUGUACAUAAGUUUGUCAGCUUGGACAGGCUCAAGGACUACCCACACACAAUCAUCUACAAAGCGAGUCUAAAUGCCAUGGACAUUGCCUACAAGCGUCCGCAUCGCUUGAUGGAAUCGAACUGCAGCAGUGUCAUGCAUGGGGUGGUCCCCUCCUCCAGCGGUAACUUCACCCUGACCUUCAACAACAACCAGAUCAACAACCAGAUUAAUGCACUGCAUUCACAGAUGGCCUCCUCCAACAGCCACAGCCAGAGCGCCACAGACCUGCAGUACCUCCAGUACUCCCUGCCCUCCGGGCCCUACCUCUCGUACCAGGCCACACCCGUGGGCCAGCAGCUCAACCAGACGGUGGCAGCCGCAGCCGCCGCUGCCCAGAGGUCCUCGGGUCAGUUUGCCCGAUCAGAUCCCUUCCGACAGUCAUUGUGCAUGCCCUCCCUGGUGGUGCCUGCGACCUUGCCAGGUUUGAAUUCUCCCGUUCGUCCCAGCGCUGUCUCCAUGGUGACCCAGCCUGCCCCGACACUACAGAUACAGCCACAGCUCAUUAGCCAGACUUCGCAGCUCACACCUGUCACAAUGGUGGAAACUGCCAGGCCAGUUCUCAUGGCUAAUGCCCACGGCAGCUGGGCCAGCAGUCGUCCCGUGGUGAUGGGUCCCUGGCCCUCCCUGGCCCCCGCCCCUCAACGAGUGCCCCACUUACAGGACGGCCUGCCGCCCGAGGCAUGGAGGCAGCCCAUCAUGGUCGGCACUGACACCUUUGACUCCACACCCACGGCUGUGCUGCCAUUGAGUACUUCGUCACAACAGUGGAAUAUCGGCAUGGUCCCCACCUCGUAUUCUCUCAGUGCCCGCCACAGUUCUGCACAGAGCAGCAAGCGCCCGACUCGCUACAGACAUCACAAGGAGGUUCCGUCUACCCAGCUGUCUCCAGUGAAGAAGCGUGUAAAGGAGAGCAGCCCUCCCCUGGCCCUCAUAGAUCAGUCGAGCUCCCACCAGGGGGUGCCGGCCGUCCCGACAGCCGAGGAAGCGGCCCUCCUGCACCUGGCAGACUGGUCGUCAGCGUCGUCGUCCGCGUCCUCGCACCUGAGGCAGCCUGUGUCCUCCCGGCCUGUGCUGCCCUCGGUCUCCCUCACCAGCUCGCAGGACCAGCCUGCCCCGCGCCACCCGUACAUCCUGAUCCGGGACACGCCCAGCCCGGACCCCAGCGUCAUCACCAUCAGCUCGGAGAGCGAGGACGAGGGGGACGGCCUGCGUACCAUGCGCUCCUCCCGCUCUGGCCGCCACCACCACCACCACCGCAACGGCAGUAGGCAGACCGUGGUGGCCGGAGGUGAGCACCACCAGUCAGAUCGCUACCUGCAGGUGAAGAACGUUCGGAGGGAGGACGGUGACCAGAGUGUGGCAGAGAGCACAGCUUUGACGCGGCACCCCAGGAGUGGACGACAUGACAGUACCCUGAAGACUGGACUCGGUUACCUCCCUACCAGUUUCUCAGACUCCGCGCUUGUUCAGACUUUCGACGAUGGUUACCUGACGGUGGCCUACAGCCACGAGUCAGACACAGAGGAGGCCACCACCUCAGCCAACAACAGCCUACAGCUGGCCCACAGCAACAACAGCUUGGCGGCGGGGAUCGCCGCUGCCGCCAUGCCCUGCCCUGCCAGCAGCCCCAGCAGCAUCGGUGGUGCCAGCAGCAGCGCUCAGCGACAGCAGCCGCCUCAUCAUCAUCAGCAGCAGCAUCAUCAGCCUCAUCUGUUUACUGCUAGCAACAUCAAGCACGAACUCAUGGACAAACUGCCCGUCUCUCACAGCAUUUUUACCCCUCAGUCAUUUGGUGGUGCUAGCAGCAGCAGCAGUCUGCCUCACCUCCUGGGCUCGGACAGCGCCAGCAGCUCGGUGCACCAGCGUGCCUCGGGCGUGACCACCACCACCAGCAGUAGCCAGAGCAGCAGCAGCCACCACCAGCACCACCAGCACCACCACCACAGCAAGCAGCAUGUCAAGGUCAGCCCCUACAUCCCCAAGCAGGAACUGUUGGCUGCGCCCUCGCUCUCGGAGAAGGACCGGCUGCGCGUCCGCUCUCCCAAGCUGGAGAAACUCACACCGUUUGACGUCCAGCUGGAGCUGAGCUCAGCGGCCGCCCAGGGAAAACUGGCAUAUGUGUCACCCACAGUCCGGGCCAUCCCCGCAGCCACAGCGGCCAAGAUUGCCGUCAACGUGAGUGCUGGGAGUCUCUCAGCGGCUGGCGGCCCUGGACCCAGCUUGAGCGCGGCUUCGCACCUGGCGGGUAGCCGGGCCAGCAACAUGCGUCUGUGCGUGCAGCAGGCGGGCAGCUCGGGCAUGAGUCACUUGUCCCCCGUACAGCUGGCUCAGCCUGUGCUGCUCAACACUGGCUCACAGGUCGACGUACAUGGAGACUAUCGGCGUAUGGCCCCACUUCAUGGAUCUCCCCUGCACCAGUACUUGCUGCCUGCCCAUCAACACCAGCAGAUGGCAUUGCCCUCUUCUGCUUCUAUCACACAGUUUGGGGCGUUCUCGCCGAGCGUGGCCCCUCCCCCGGCCCACCAGUCUCCCCGCCAGCUCCAGUACUCGUCCCACCCCCUGCCGGCCCACAUGCACCCGGUCCCCGUGCUGCACCCGCCCGGCCUGGCCACCACCUACCCCGCCCAGAUACACCCGCACUACGCUGCUGCUGCUGCUGCCGCCGCGGGACCCCCCGGAUACCUGGCGCCCACGGCGCAGCCUGCAGCACCCCCGGGAGUGUUUGCCGCAUACCAGAUCAGUCCUGUGAAGACGCGCCAGUUCCACUGCUUUGCUUAGAGCGCCAGUUGUUGCUUUUUGCUUUGCCUAAGACAGGAAGUUUUUUUACUGCAUGCUGACUGACGACGGGUUUUUGUACAGAUUACAGCCGCACCUGUUGCUGUAUGUUGUAGUGAAGGUUGAGAGAGUCAUAUUGUGUUUAUACCACCAGGGCUAGACUAAAGAAAGGACACCCCUACCACCCCACCCAUGUACCUGACCCUAACUCUCGAACUGACGUCUGGUAGAGGUGACACCAGUGCUAUAUACCAGGCAGGAUAGUGAGGAGGAGUAUUCGUAUGGAUAUGUGAACAGUUGGGGAUGGUCAGUUCUUUAGUUUUGGCCCUGUGUGUGCGUAUGUGUGUGAAGGAGCUCGGAGAGAGCUUUGGGAGCUCAACAUUCGCGGUCGCUGGAGAAAUGAGGGGUCAGGGCGUUGCUUCUGUGCUACGUAGUUGUUGUACACAGGAUAUUUAGGAAGCAUGCCCUUGCAUUAUACCCAGGGCAGAGACACAAAUUGAGCGGAUGGACACUGAGCAAGAACUGGCUGAGGACUUACUGUAACCUACUCAGUCAGACUCGGACACAGACAGACUCCUCUAGGUGUAUAGAGUUACGUUUUAUUUUUGGUUUGGGUUUGCUUGCAGGAGUUGUAGUUUCCCUUCUCUCCUGUGCAUCUUAACUGAUAUGGAAUGAUUUGGGAAAAGGAAAGAUUUUUUGGGGGGUCUUUUUCUUUGUAGAAUUUUCAUAGUUUUUUCUUAUUUGUCUUCUUUCCCUAAAGUGCAGCUUUUAUCUUUUUGUUGGAAGACUUAAGUCUCAUUGUGUUUACUGUGCCUGUUUUUGCAUGACUUGUAUUUUUUCCUUCUUUAUAUUUAUAAGCUCCGUUUGCUUUGUAUAUGUUGCUUUUUUCAGGUAUCUAAGAGGUAAAAAGUUAUCUGUAUAAUGAAGGUCAUUUGCAGUGAAUAUGAAAGAAUUAAAGAAUUUUAAUUUUGAAUGUCAUUGAUACAGAAUGUCCUCCUGACAAUGAGGUAGCAAUGAUAGAUACAAGAGAGGAGAGAAGAGGUGUAGUCCUCAAUGUAGAUCUUUAUAAUCUUGAGCCCAAGCAGCAUUGACCUAAUACUAAUAUGAAAUGUAUUUUAUCUGGAUUUUUAGAAUGACGCCCUUUGAUCUCGGAGUCUCAACAGUACAGCUGCUCGAGCAGUCAUAUAGACUCUUGCUGAAUGCCUACCUUUUAUUGUGGAUGUAAUAAUUCUUCAGUAAAUCAGUUGUUAGCUUCAAUGUAAUGGCAAUGGUUUUUAUCAUUGGUUUUGCCUUGGGCAUCUCAGUUGCAACAUCUGUUAUGUGUCUAUGACUGGGUUUUGCUGUGAUUCCGUUAAACGUUCCGGUCUUAUGGGACAGUGUGGCUGCAUUAUAUCUCUGUCCAUUCAUAAAAGGAGGACUAAAUGUGAGCAUAAAUUAUUGUUUUAGUUGAGGGAGAACAGUUUUUGUGAUGUCACAGAUGGGUACCAAGUCAAGUACCUGCCACUCAGAUGGGAGUUAAAAAAAAAAAUGCAGCAACUGUCAGUUCAGGGAAAAUGAGUCAAAUGGAGCUGCUCUUCUUUUUGCCAAACAAAAGUAUCGGGCAUGUAGUCUGAGGAAAAGUUUGCCUUCUGUGUACAGAAAGUAUAACCUUAUGUUAGUGACAGGCUUAGCUGAAAUAGCUUUCAAGUAUGAUAAAAUGCAACCUUUUGAUAUUGUAACAAAAUGUUGUUCGGGGUGAAGUUGGUGGCUGGGCUUCUAGCUUUGAUCUGAGGGGAAGCAGGCGUCUGUGUGUUGUUUGAACAGACCCACAUUCUCUUUGAUUGAAUCAGAGGUUUCGCUCCUCUGUCCUGAUGUAUGAUGUUUCUCAAGUUUCGAUGACAAUGGUUCAUGAACUGUUCACUCCCAACAGAUUCUUGUUCCAACCAAUGUUAUAGACAAGAGAGGAGGUUGAUUUAGCAGAAGGAUUUGCUAAUGAGUGCCGUUGAUUUUUUUAUUUUUUCGAUGUCUGUUCUGAUCUGAUGUCAGGGAACAGAUUGUUUGCUUUCUUCUGGUGGGAGUUUUUUGAAUGAAAGCAAGAUGUGAGGCAAACACAUUGGCUAAUAUAAUGCCAGUGGUGAAUAUAUAACGCUCAUGGGAAUUAUGAUGAACCUGACUCCGCUUCGGGUCUCGAGUGUCCAAAAUAUUAAUGAGAUGUCAUUUCGAUUGUCUGCACAUAGAACAUUGGACUUGUAUAGCUCUGAAGGUUCAUUCUUCUGAUGUGGAGAACUUUUUUUUAUUGGAAAUGUUUUGCCGUUUGUGUCUGUGUAUGUGUGUUGCAUUACAAGUGUGAGUAUUCAUUGUCGUGCAAAUCAUUCUUACUGUUGCUUUUUGCAUUCACGGAAUCAAAUUGUCUCUGAGACGUUUCCUCUUCUCCUGUUGUCGGGCAGAUUUCUUUGAUUGAAAAAAAGAACACGGCAAAUGCUGUGGUUGAGAAGUGCAGAGCUCUAGACUUUGCUUUAUGUUUUUGCACAUGUCCGUGCCCUCACUGUGUGUUGUCAGCACCCUCAGGGUGUGUGUUUGUGCUCCAGAUGCAAGAGAAUAUGAUCCCCCCCCGAGCAACGGUUUUUAUUUGCUUGUUGUCUUGGUGUGUACACAGCCCUCUUUGAGCUUUGUGGCUUCUUCAUCAGUUCAUCACCCCCCACCCCCUUUCCCCCCGAUUUGUUGUCUGAGUGAGAACUUUGUACAGCUUAACCUGUCUAUGGUUUUUUCCUUAUUUAUCUGAUUGUAUUGACACUUGCGUUGACGUGUUACUUGAAAACUGCCUGGUUAUCUAUAAUAUCAGUGCCCACUUUGCAUUUGACAAGUGUUGUUUUGAUGUGAGAUUUUUCUGUUUCUUCCCUCAAGAUUUUUUGCUCUACUUCUGACAAAAGAUAUCAUUUUUUCAGUCCUGCAAUAGAGAGGGUAUUACAGUUAUUUUAUUAUGCCACUUAUUUAUUGAAAUGGAGUGUAUUGUUUGUCUCUGUAGUGGGUAUUAUAGAUGUUCACUUGACAA